AUGGAAAAACCUCCUUUAUAUCCUGAUUGUGAUUUUACUAUUUGGUUUCGUUCUGUUAAUGAAAAUAAUAUUACUGAAAAGCCUAUCGAAGGACGAAAAACAGGAAUUAUUCCUAAUUGGAUCGAUGGUUGUUUUUAUCAAAAUGGACCUGGUCUAUUUUAUGCAACAGGAAAACGUGUUCAACAUAUAUUUGAUGCUUUUGGACUCAUACAAAAAUUUACGAUUAAAAAUGGUCAUGUUACAUAUCAAAAUCGAAUUCUUCAAUCAAAUGCUUAUAAAGAAGCACAUGAAACUGGUCGAUCAUGUUAUUCUGAGUAUGGUACAUCAAAAAGUGAAAAUUCAAAUUCAUCAAAUAAUAAAAAUGAAUUAAAAUCUACAUUGAGCUGGAUUUUUACACGUAUUCGGGAUCUUGUUCAUUUUAAAAAUGAUUUUCGAACAGACAAUACAAUGAUUAGUAUUUACCCAUACAAAAUCAAUAAUGAUCAAGUAGCAUUAUUUACAAUGACUGAGACUCCUAUUAUGCAUGAAAUAGAUGCAAAAACAAUUGAAACAUGUUCAAAAUUCAAUGUUAGUGACCAUGUAUCUAUUGUUUCUCAUUGUGCUCAUCCUAUUAUUCUUGAUGAUGGAACAAUACUUAAUGUUGGUUUAUCACCAAGUUUAAUGGGCAUGAAUUAUGUUUUAUUUGAAUUUCCAGGUUUGUUAAAUACAAAUACUGAAGAUAAUUUUAUGAAUCAAUGUAGAAUAUUAGUAAAAAUUCCAUGUCGUUGGCCAAUUAAUCCAUCCUAUAUGCAUGCAUUUGCUGUAACCGAUAAUUAUAUUAUUCUUAUUGAACAAUCACUUUGUAUAUCUCUUGUUCAAAUGGCUCAACUUACACUAACACAGGGUCCAAUGACAGAUGCACUUAUUUGGCAUGAAAAUGAACCGGUUCGCUUUCGUCUUAUUAAUCGUAAAACAAUGACUGAAUAUAAUGAAUAUAUAUAUUUAUCAUCAUCAUUCUUUUAUCUUCAUAUAAUCAAUGCAUAUGAAGAUAAAAAUCAUCUAAUUCUUGAUGUUUGUUGUUAUGAUAAUCCUGACAUGCUGAAAUGCAUGACAAUGGAAGCACUUGAAAAUGCUCAACAAAAUCCUGAUUAUUUUAAACAAUUUCGUAGUAGACCAAAACGAUUUGUUUUACCUAUUUCAAUAAAAAAAGAUAAUGAAAAUUUGGUUGAUCUAAAUUAUACAACAUGUCAAGUUAAAUUAAUUGACAAUAAAAAUUUAUGGAUUGAACCAGAAUUAAUUAUUGAUAUGGGUUGUGAAUUACCUCAAAUAGAUUAUUUUCGACAUUAUGGAAAAUUUUAUCGAUAUUUUUAUGCAAUUAAUACUGAUGUUGAUUAUCAAUAUUGUGGAUCGGUUAGAAAAAUUGAUGUUCAUUCAAAAACAUGUCAAAUUUGGCAUGAACCAGAAUGUUAUACAUCGGAACCAAUUUUCUUACGAAAUCCUUCAAAUGAAACUGGAGAAGAAGAUGAAGGAGUUUUAAUUAUGUCAUUAUUAAGAACUAAUCGAGAAAAUGAAGUCAGUUUUCUUGUGCUUGAUGCACGAAAUAUGACAGAAAUUGGACGUGUUCAAUUUGAUACAAAUGGUCCGGUACCAAAAAAUCUUCAUGGUCUAUGGGUGGAUUCAAAACUUAAAUGUACAUAA